UCUGUGUUUACAAAGGGGGAGAACUGAUUUGGGGAAACUUCACACUGUGUCUGAAACAUGCCGCAACUCUUCACACUCACUCUCAGCCUAUUACCAUGGAUCUCAGCUUUCCUCUGUGGGGUUACUACAGCUGAAGAGUUUGAAGUCCUUGAGGGUCGAUCGCUCACAGUCCCGUGUCAUUACGACCCUCAGUAUGCCGGCUACGUGAAAUACUGGUGUAAGGGGAGCAUGAGGGAUUUCUGCACCAGCUUAGCCCGAACAGAUGACCCCCGUGCCAUCAACCCUGCUGUGGAUAAAGUGAGCAUUUUCGACGACCCGGUCCAGCUGGUGUUCACGGUGACCAUGAACAACCUGAAGGAGCACGACUCUGGGUGGUACAUCUGCGGCGUGGAAAUAGGUGGUGUAUGGAGCCGAGAUGCUGCCACAUACCCUUACAUCAAGGUUAUUCAUGGUAUGUCAGUAGUGAACAACAUUCUGACAGGAGAAGAAGGGAGCAGUGUUUCAGUUGAAUGCCUCUACAGUGAGAGAUACAGAGAGAGUGAGAAGAAGUGGUGUCGGAGUGGAGACUGGAGCUCCUGUCUGUCGACGGGUUCUGAAGGGAGCUACGAAGACACUUCAGUGGCCAUCAGUGAUGACAGAACUAAGGCUUUCACUGUCACCUUAAAGAAUCUGCAGAUGAGAGACAUUGGCUGGUACUGGUGUUCUUCAGGAUACCAGAAGAUAGCUGUGCAGGUGCUGGUCACACCACGACCCACGACAACGACAUCUGUUACACUCCCACCCACAGCGUGUCAGUCUGAUGACCUCCUGCCUCCACCCAGACACAUCUCCAAGGACUCCUGGAACGGUCAAGGAGGAAUAUCCAUCCGUCAUCAUCUCGGCCGUUGUGUUACAAUGUCAGGACGGUUAAAGUAUCAACCGGAGAUGCAGUGGACUGGCUGUAAAGAUCACUACGGCUGUGUCCGAAAUCACCCACUCGCUCACUACCCCCUACUCACUGUAUGGACUUUUACAAUGAGGACUACAAGAUUCGUCCUGAAGUCUUUGAUGGUUUGCUCCUCUCUGGUGCUCGUGGUUGGUUUGUCGCUAUUGACAAGAAAGAUGUGGAAACGUCACAAGCAGGAUCCUCUGCUGAGACAAGCUAAAGAGAUGAAAGCAAGGCGUAAUGAGUAUUCAAGGGAUGUAGGUGACCUGCAUGAUACUUCUGUCAUUUACCAUAACAAGGAUUCCCAGGAGGUUUUUAUGCACUGAGCUUGUUUGUACUCAUGGAGUCUGUGAAGUGUUUAUUCUUGCUCUGAUUCGGUAACUGAAUGUAAUUUGUAAUAUCACUGCAGGAACACAUGCUUUAUUUGUAUAUUACAUAAAGCAGCAUAUUGAAAGACAUUUAUGAUGAUUUCUGAAAACUACUUUCUGUACACAAUUGGUAGAGUCUAGACAUCUUAGCUGAUAUAUAUAUAUAUAUAUAUAUAUAUAUAUAUAUAUAUAUAUGUAUAUAUAUAAAUAUUUUCAGACCUACACUAAAAUGUAGAUAAUCUCCUAAAAAUCUGGAAAAUGUCAGGAAGAUCUCAUUUGCGAACAUAGCAGAAGAAGUUUAUAAAAUGAAAAAAACAACAAAAUGGCAACAAAUAUCUCAGGAUUAAAAAGCGGUGUCAUACAUGAUGAAGACAUCAAUGAAGAUGUUAAAGCUGUAAGAUUUAGGUGAAAGGGAUCUAUUGGUAGACAUUGGAUAUACAAUAAUGCCAUUGACGUUUUUACUUGUGUGUUUCAAUUGUACAAAUGGUUUCCUUACCCUAAAAUGAGCUCUUUAUAUUUAAAUACUUUAUAGUUACAUCGGCUGCAGGUCCUCUUGACGUAGGCUGAUUUUUUUUUUUACAGUAGCCCAUUGAAGACAAACUCAACACCUUCUGAGUUUUUAUGACAGUUGAAGGCUACCAUAGGUUCUCUUUCAUGUUUGGAAGGGGAGGGUGAGGUGGAAGGUAUUCAGCUGCAACAUGCAACUUCACCACUAGAUGUCACUAAAUUCUACAAGAUGAACCUUUAAGAUUUUGGUGAAAGGGGCCGACAGUGGUGUUGAUGUGCUGUAAACAAAAACAUGUUAUCUCUGCAGCAGAAUUAUUACGCCCUGCCUCUACCUGCUGCACCCCCCCUCACCUGAACGCCUUGGAGAUUGUGUUGUUGAUAAAGCACCUGACCUGAGAAUCUGCUGAUGUGUUGUUCAUGUGUGAAUGAUAAACCCCAGAGAAAGUCUGGACUCAAUUCUGCGACAUUCUACGGGGUUCAUGUUUGAAAAUGGCUUAUCUCUAAUUUAACAUCUAUUUUCUAUUAUAUAGGCGUGUGGUCUCCUCUUUAACUUUGGCCAUAACUACCACUCAAGUCACUUAUAUUAUUUUUUAGGAGUUGUUGAGUUUGAGUAUUUUCGGGGCCAAGGGGGAUUUCUCCACUAUUAAAUACUGACACUUCAAUUUAAAGCUCUGUAUUUCUUAUUAUAUUCAAUGGAAAGAACUUGUUGCAAGUGGGAAAUUGUUCAUUUUGUUUCUUAAUUUGAAGAAUAAAAUCGUCUUGACAGAUGUUUAAUGAAAGAGGGUUGAAUGUCUAAUUGGUGUAAAGUGAAUAAAUAAAUAAUGAGUCUACGUUG